AUGAUCUUGGGACCUGCUCUGUUUCUCUUUUGUGUCAAUGGGAUGCAUUGGCUGACAUACACAUGCCUGUACACGGUGGGCCCUGAAGCUCCAUCUCAAUCUCGUUAUCGUUUGUGGCCGGUUUUUGUGUCGAUGCCGAAUCGUGGGCAUUUGGCAAUGGUCAGGGAGAAGCUGAAACGCAUCUCCGAGCCCGUGGCCUUUUUCCCUGCGUUGCUCGCUCUUAUGGUUGGUGUAUUCUUGGCAACAGCUGCCCAGUUUGUCCUGACGCAUUAUGGCUUGAUGGUGCGGACGGGGAACAGAGAUGUCUGCUUUUACAACGAGAGAUGCUACCAUCCGGGAGUUGUGUGGGACAUCCCUUGGAACCAUGUCCUGUCCAAUCUUGCUUAUAUCGUGGCUGGUGUGCAUACCAUGCUGCAGACUUUCUUCGCAGAGAGCCGGUGCCGGCACUUCCUGCGCAAUACCCUCCAGGCACUGUUCAGGAGUGUAAAUCUAAACCCUCGUGGCUGCCUAAACAGGCAAGAAUGGGCUGCAAUCUUCGAUGAUGCUGAUAUCAACAGAAACGGGAUCGUGUCCAGGCAAGAAUGGAGGGUGCGGCACGGGGAUACGAUUGUGUUUGACUUCAUCGAUGAAACCGAUGCUGGCAGUCUCUCUCGUGAGGAGUGGCUGGCUGCGUUCGAAAGGCUGAAUGCCAAUGGUGAUGGAGUUCUGACACAGGACAAAUUUCAGCUAGCAUCUCGAGCAAUUGAUGUUCGGGCCUUCUAUGCGAUCGCAACAACUUUUAUUGCGGAAGGUGUUGGAAGCACUUGCUACCAUCUUUGUCCAUCUGUGGAAACAUUUCAGUUCGACACAUGCUUCAUGAUUUCUAUUGCGCACUUGCUCACCAUCGCCCUAGCUGAUUGCAGCAAACCAGAUUUUGACACGAGAGCGGCCCUCAAAUACUUUGUCUACAUUUUGACACCAAUGUGGUUGAUCAACUUCAUUGGCACGUGGUAUGACCUCAAAAUCUUUACCUCCACCUGGCUUUACUGGACAUAUACUGUCUUGGUGGUGAUGUGGACUGUCGGCGCUGUCAGCAGCCUGAGGCGUUUGUUUGGAACUGAGAUGGGAGCCUGCAGCAUGUGGACGAUGAGGCUUUUGCAAGGCCUGAUCAUUCUAGUGGUGCUGCUGGUCUAUGUAGACCCAGGUGCACGAGAAAGUCUGGGGGGAACGGCAAACACCUUUCUGCUCCUCUCCAUCGCAGUGAUGGCUGUUGUGGUGAGCCGGCAAAUUUAUAUGCAGGACCUGAGGUUCGUUUCCUGCGGCAUCACAGAGAUUGGUGGUCGCAUCCUCAAGCACGGCUAUCUCGCUGUGAUGGUCGGUGUUGGUGUGGCAUCCCUCCAGUGCUUCAGCGAGAAGGUCGUUAUUGUCACGCCGGAAGCAACCCCAGCUGAAAGCCAUGAUGCAAAUCAAGACUGUCUGUUCAGCAUAUUCGACUUGCAUGACUGCUGGCACCUCCUGUCCGCCGUUGCACUGGCGCUCUUUAGUACGUACUUGCUGGAUAUUCGCAUCGAUAGCUGGGCACGCCAGUCUGGAAUCCAAGUGGUCGGCGAGCUGCCUUCAGAUGGCUAUGCUCCAGUCCCGGACUUGGAGACAUCCGAAGAGCAGGCGGGCGAGCUCAAGGUUGACAUCGCGAAGUCGUCAGCAUCAAAGUCGUCAGUAUCAACGAGCUACAAUGGCGACCUUGAAGCCAUGGAUCUUUCUGAGGGCAUGCUGAAGCCCUGA